AUGUUUAGUAAUAAUCCAUAUGUACAAUCACCAAAGAACCUUGUAAAACUCCCAUCAGUCAGUGAUAUCAUCAAAGAUGGUAUUGAAACCGUCAAGCAUACUGAAUGGAAAGAGGACCAAACACCAUUAUUCUGGAGUUUAUCACAUAUCCUAAGUGAAUUACCAUUAAUUGGUGAUAAAAUCAUUCAAAAUAAGGGAUAUGUUAAUAUUACACAUACAAAUUUAUUUGUUUCACCAACUGGAGAAAUACCAAGAAUUGGAAUUCCAGAUUAUUUAGUUAGACUUGUUAAAUUCUCGCCAUGCUCCAAGGAGUGUUUCAUCAUGAUCAUCGUUUAUAUUGACCGUUUGAUUGCCAAAUCAAAUUUCAUUGUCAAUAGUUUCAAUAUUCAUAGAUUAUUAAUCACAGCAAUUAUGGUUGCUUCCAAAUAUAUAGAUGGUGUUUCAAGAGAUGAACUUAAUAAGUUGGAAAUGGAUUUUUUGACUUUGUUGGAAUUCGAUGUUUCUUGUCCAUUGAAUGAGUAUCUUGAUUACUUUGGAUUGUUGGAUACAUUCGUUAACCACAUCAGACAACAAAGACAAAAGCAACAGAUGAUGAUGAUCAACAAUCAACCAUUCCACUACUCAUGUUCAACUGCCGCACCAUCUAUUUCCACCAGUUCCAACAACGGUUCCAGUAAAUCGUCGUCGCUUCUCAUUUCGAGAUCAAACAACAACAAAAACCAAAUGCCAACAUCAACCUACAAUACCAUAGUUCAUCAUCAUCAUCCCCAAAACACCAAUACCAAUGUCACAGUAAAUCAACAUAACAAUCAUCAUUACCAAUCAACAUCAUCAACAUCAAAUAUUAAUAAUCUCAUCAAUAAUAAUAGUAAUUCAAUUGAAUUGCCAACUAAUGUAGUUCCACCAACUACAAAUUCAAUCAUUUCAACAAGAAGGAAAUCUCUUAGAGAUCAACAACCAAUUUUCCAAUUUCCAAAUGGAGUACCAACUUGUAUCUCAUAA